UCAUUUGUUUAGGCAGUAGGGAGGUUCUGUCAGGGUCUGGAUUGGAGUAACAAAGAACCGGACACUACGUUUUAUGGUUGGAGUCUGAGGAGUAAAACCAGGAUUCCCCUUGCCUCAAAGAGUCUACAUGUCUAAUAUUUAGACAUGUUCAGCUUUGUGGAUAUUCGGUUAGCGCUGUUGCUGAGCGCAACAGUACUAUUGGCGAGAGGUCAAGGAGAGGACGAUAGUGGAUUCGGCAGCUGCUCGUUGGACGGCCAACAGUACAACGAUAAGGAUGUGUGGAAACCUGAACCCUGCCAGAUCUGCGUCUGCGACAGCGGAACCGUUAUGUGCGACGAAGUGAUUUGCGAGGACACAACCGACUGCGCCGACCCUAUCAUCCCCGACGGCGAAUGCUGUCCUAUCUGCCCCGAUGACUCCGAGACAGAGGGUCCCCAGGGGCCAGUAGUGCCUGAGACAGAGGGACCAGAGGGAGGAGUUGGCCCCAAGGGUGAUGAUGGUCCUGAGGGUGUUCCCGGUAACGACGGCAUGGACGGCCAGCCUGGCCUUCCCGGCCCCCCAGGCCCCCCUGGACCUCCUGGCCUUGGCGGUGGAAACUUCUCUCCUCAGAUGCACCACGGUUAUGAGGAGAAAUCCAGCGGCGGCCAGGCCCAACAGGGACCAAUGGGCCCAAUGGGUCCCCGUGGUCUCUCUGGCCCACCAGGAAACACUGGUCCCCCCGGUCAUCAUGGCCCCCCUGGCGAGCCUGGUGAGCCUGGCGGUGCUGGUCCCAUGGGUCAACUUGGCACAAUGGCCCCCACCAAGACAGAUAAAUUGGUCUACCUUUUAAUCAUAAUAUUUGCAAUCUUUUCAUCACUUUUUUAUGCAUUUUUGUAUGCCACAUUAUUGUCACUGUUUGCCACAGCAUUGUUCACAGUGAGAGGACCUCUCUGUCUCUCCAUCAACCUCGCUCUCCUCUCUCCUCUGCAGGGUGAGCCUGGCAGGUCUGGUCGCCCCGGUGAGCGUGGCUCCGCCGGCCCUCAGGGUGCUCGUGGAACCCCUGGAACUCCUGGCCUCCCCGGCAUCAAGGGACACAGAGGUUUCAAUGGAAUGGAUGGUGCCAAGGGAGACGGUGGCCCAGCUGGCCCUAAGGGAGAGGGUGGUUCCCCUGGAUCCAGCGGUAACUCCGGUGCUAUGGGUGCUCGUGGUCUUCCUGGUGAGAGAGGCCGCCCCGGACCCGCUGGCCCUUCUGGUGGCCGUGGUAAUGAUGGUAACUCUGGUCCUGCUGGAUCCCCUGGACCCACUGGCCCAUCUGGUUCCCCUGGAUUCCCCGGAGGCGCUGGAGCUAAGGGACCCACUGGCCCAUCUGGUUCCCCUGGAUUCCCCGGAGGCGCUGGAGCUAAGGGAGAGACCGGUCCUCAGGGAGGCCGUGGUCAGACGGACCCCAAGGAUCUCGUGGAGAGCCCGGUAACCCUGGACCGCUGGUGCUGCUGGACCCUCUGGUGCCCCGGAAGUGAUGGCCAGUCAGGAGGCAAGGGUGCCACUGGUGCUGUUGGUAUCUCUGGUGCUCCUGGUUUCCCAGGAUCCCGUGGCCCCGCUGGACCUCCCGGAGCUGGUGGUGGCCCCGGCCCCAAGGGUAACCAUGGUGAGCAAGGAGCCCAAGGCUCCAAGGGAGAGCCCGGCGUAAAGGGGGAAUGCCUGGUAUGCGUGGUUUCCCCGGCUCUGAUGGAGCUGCCGGUGGCAAGGGUGGCCCUGGUGAGCGUGGAGCCAAUGGACCAAUGGGAGCCCAAGGUGCCACUGGUGAGGCUGGUCGCCCCGGGGAGCCUGGCAUGCCUGGAUCCAAGGGUAUGACUGGUAGCCCUGGCAGCCCUGGCCCCGAUGGGAAAGUUGGCCCUGCUGGUAUCACUGGAAACGAUGGUCGUUCCGGACCCCCAGGCUCCUCUGGAUCCAGAGGUCAGCCUGGAGUUAUGGGAUUCCCCGGACCCAAAGGACCUGCUGGUGACAGUGGAAAGCCCGGUGGGAGAGGAGAAGCCGGAGCUGUUGGGGGUGUUGGUGCCCCUGGCAAAGAUGGUGACUCUGGUGCUCCCGGACCCCAAGGCCCUGCUGGAGGUCAAGGAGAGAAAGGAGAGGGUGGCCCCGCUGGUCCUAACGGAUUCCAGGGUCUGCCUGGAACUCAGGGAGCUACUGGUGAGCCUGGCAAGGCUGGUGAUCAGGGGGUGCCUGGUGAGGUUGGAGGUCCCGGCCCCAGUGGAUCCAGAGGUGACAGAGGUUUCCCAGGUGAGCGUGGUGGCGUCGGCUCUGUCGGCCCCUCUGGACCCCGUGGACCUAAUGGUUCUCCUGGUAACGAUGGUGCUAGGGGUGAGACUGGAGUUGCUGGUGCCCCUGGCGGUAUGGGAGCCCCAGGUCUGCAAGGAAUGCCCGGAGAGCGUGGUUCAGGUGGCAACUCCGGUGCCAAGGGAGAACGAGGUGAUGGUGGCCCCAAGGGAGCCGACGGUGGCCCAGGAAAAGACGGCAUGCGUGGUAUGACUGGACCCAUCGGACCCCCCGGACCCACUGGUGCUCAUGGAGAGAAGGGUGAGGUGGUCCUUGGCGCCCCUGGUCCCGCUGGAGUCGCGGUUCCCCUGGUGAGCGUGGUGAGCAUGGUGCCCUGGAACCUGCUGGAUUCGCUGACCCCCUGUGAGAACAUCACACCCAGUCUGGUCCAGGUGCUGAUGGUCAGCCUGGCAACAAGGGAGAGACUGGUAACAACGGCCCCAAAGGUGAUGCUGGUGCUCCUGGGCCCGGUGGACCGGUUGGUGCUGCUGGACCUCAGGAGCCCCCGGACCCCCAGGCCCCCCGGCCCCUCUGGUAAAGAGGGACAGAGGGGUGGACGUGGUGAAACUGGUCACGCUGGUCGCCCCGGUGAGGCUGGAGCCGCCGGACCCCCAGGACCCUCAGGACAAUCUGGAGCCAAGGGUAAUGAUGGCCCAAUGGGAGCCCCAGGAACCCCCGGACCCGGAGGUAUUGGUGGACAGCGUGGUAUUGUGGGGGGCCCAGGAGGAAGGGGAACCAGCGGUAGCCCAGGAGUUCCAGGACAAGCUGGGGAGCCUGGUAAGCAGGGACCUGGCGGCCCCGUCGGUGAGCGUGGAUCCCCUGGCCCCAUGGGACCCCCUGGCCUGUCUGGUGCACCCGGUGAGGCUGGUCGUGAGGGUUCCACUGGUCACGAUGGUGUUGCCGGUCGCGAUGGACCCCCUGGUCCCAAGGGUGACCGUGGUGAGAAUGGUAAUGCCGGUUCCCCUGGUGCUCCCGGACCUCCCGGUGCCCCCGGUCCCUCUGGUGCUUCUGGCAAAACUGGUAGCCGCGGAGAGUCUUGUAUCUGGUUCCAGGGAUCCCCUGGAGAGUCUGGGCCUGCUGGACUUAACGGACCUUCUGGACCCCGAGGACCCCAUGGUUCUUCUGGCUCUACUGGUAAAGAUGGCAUGAACGGUCUGCCUGGACCCAUCGGACCCCCCGGACCCCGUGGUCGCAACGGAGAGAUGGGACCUGCUGGUGCUCCUGGUUCUCCUGGUCUGCCCGGACCCCCAGGUCCCGCUGGUGGCGGCUUCCAUGUCGCACCGAUCUACAACCAGGAGAAGGGACCUGACCCCAUGCGAGGAGGAGGAGGAUACCACUACCGUGCUGACGAGCCUGACAUGAUGAACGACCGUGACAUGGAGGUGGACACCACCCUGAAGAGCCUCAGCCAGAAGGUGGAGAACAUCCGCAGCCCUGAGGGAACCCAGAAGAACCCCGCCCGCAUGUGCCGUGACAUCAGGAUGUGCCACCCUGAAUGGAAGAGCGGCCAGUACUGGGUGGACCCCAAUCAGGGCUCUCCUCUGGAUGCUGUCCAGGUCUUCUGCAACAUGGAGACUGGAGAGACCUGUGUCUACCCAUCCCAGGACACCGUCCCCAUGAAGAACUGGUAUACCAGCAAGAACAUCAGGGAGAAGAAGCACAUCUGGUUCUCAGAGUCUAUGGACAACGGCUUCCAGUUCCAGUACGGUAGCGAGGGCUCCAACCCAGAGGACGUCAACAUCCAGCUGACCUUCAUGCGCCUGAUGUCCAACGAGGCGUCCCAGAAUGUCACGUACCACUGCAAGAACAGCGUGGCCUACAUGGACAAGGGCACGGGCAACCUGAAGAAGGCCCUACUGCUCCAGGGAUCCAACGAGAUCGAGAUCAGAGCUGAGGGCAACAGCCGCUUCACAUACACCGUCAGCGAGGACGGCUGCACGUCACAUACUGGCACAUGGGGCAAGACAGUCAUCGACUACAAGACAUCAAAAACAUCUCGCCUGCCCAUCAUUGACAUCGCUCCUAUGGACGUUGGUGCACCUGAUCAGGAGUUUGGCGUGGAAGUUGGCCCUGUCUGCUUCGUAUAAAAUCAAAAAGAAAUAUGGACAUGAAAUUGUUUUUUUUUUCUAGCAGUCAUCUCUAAUUCUAUUUUCUAUGCAUUACCUACAAACUAAUUUGGCUGCCACUGGUCCACGAGCUUAAAACUACUCUGCUGAAGACGUCGUUUGCAUGUUUUUGAUUCUGAAGAAAAGACAUUUGGGGGACUGCUACUUCAACCGAAACUUACAACAAUUAAGGACACUUAAAAAAUAAUAUUUUGUUUCCACUGGCAACAAGAAAAUAAGUGUAAAAUAAAGUGUAAAAUCCCCAUGGAGAAACACAAUGAGAUACAGGUGACUUUUUUGCCGUUUUUUACCACUGCGGAAGGACAAUGAAAGCAACAAAUGCUAUGUACCAUUUUCUGGUAUUAAAUAAAUCUUAAAAAUGACAGUGAAGUGUCUUCUUGUUCUAAAUUCAUGACAGAAAAACACCUGAACAUUCACAUUAAUUUUGAAUACAUUAAUGGCUACCUCAGAGAAGAACUCCAUGUUACCCAAAAUGUUUCACAAGCCCUAGGGCCGAUUUUACACUACAGGAAUAUUAUUGGAUAGAAAACAAAUGUCAAAGGUGCUAUAAUGCUAUAAUAUGUUUGCUAGAGCAAUCCUUUCCUGUCAUAAUUAGCUAACAACCAUCGGAUCUUUGGUGCUAACAAAUCAACACAUUGCUAGUACAAUUGUUUUCUUUGUCAAGUGUUGGUUAAUUAACAGUUCUGAAAUAUGUUUUACUGUGGAUAUAAUGCAUGCCAAUGGUGUCUGGUGUGGAUUUAGGGAAGUGGUUUUGUUUUUAGUUGUAUUUCAUUUCCCCAGCUGAUGUUUUUGUCCACCCUCUAUGCUACCCUUGUGAUUGUCCCUAUCACUGCAUCACUAAAGCACCACUCAAACCCUCCUGAUGUUUGUGUUUUGUUUGUUGAAGAAAAACGUUUUAGGUUUCUAAAAAAGGAAAAGAGUUUUACAAAAUCUGAGAAGCAGACACACUUUCAUGGUUUUGAAAAAAGAGAAUCUGUACUGAUGUUGUACAUGUAUAAUAAAUCAAGAUGUUUUUAAUUAUUUGGAUGCUGAAUAAAGCAUGUGAAGUGGUCUACUCAA